AUGGGGCCCUUGAGGCUUUGCCUUUGCCUCUACCAGCUGGUACUCACUUUCGCAUGGCAGGGGAGCAGCGGGCCGAUUUCCAUUUUCGUGGACGAGGCCUUCCGAUAUGAUGUCUACGUCCGCGGCGUCGUGUGGUUGCAGAAUGGCCGAGUGACUCUUCAGUGCGGGGGCAUAUCCUUGGCAUCGGACAAGCCGAAUGCGCUUCUCAUAAACAACAAGACGUCCGAAGUGGAAGGCAUUGAUGAGAGGCUGGGACGCUGGCAUGGCAUCCAGACAUCCUGGAAGGCAGCUGCCAAAGUGCAGGAGUCAGUGUGCGGCGGUGGGAUCACGACAACCAUCAGGCAGUACGUGGACCAGCCCGACGCAGCAGCUUUCGAGUUUGUAACCCAGGUGGAUGCUUUGGUGGCUUUAGCCGGCACGGGCAUCUGCACGAGCACCUGCUUCAACGUCUCCACAGGAUUUCCCAGCCUUGAUUUGCCAGGCAAAGGCGCCAAUGUUGGCUUCGUCUCCUGGAACGGGAUGAUGCUGUCCUCGACCUUUCAACACAGCCUGCCUCCCGCAGACUGGGGCACUUGGCUUGCUGGUAUAUAUGGCGGUCCGCUGGUGCUGUACUCGGCCGACGCGGGGGUGGUCUUGGGAUCCAGCUCCAACUUCAAGGACGGCAUGCUUGUGAACACCAGCCGCUUGCAAAGCCGAGCGGCCCAGAUGGAAGAGGUUUCGGAAGUGUUGGGCGUCACAGGUGGGGUGCAGGGCAUGGUGCAGCAACUUCCCGCGAACUACAGCCUGCGCUUCGCCUUGGUGAGCUGCCAGCGGGCCCCAUGCGGCGUGACCGGGGCCAUGCUGAACUUUGGGUCUUUCCUCCGGCGGGGGCGGCAGAAGCUCAGUUUGGCGGAGGAUGUGCUCAGCAGCCGGCUGCACUACCUCACAGACGGCGGAUCUCUGGAAACCUACUGCGACUAUUGGCCCAUGUGUGAGAAGAGCCACGGAGGCCCAGGCUGCACACCUCAAGGGGAGGUCUUCAAGCAGUUGGACGCAUAUCACCGAAGCAUCGGGCUGCACAUAGGCGUCUAUCACGUCGAUCCGUAUUGGUUCUAUGAGACAGAGGUCUGCAACGGUGCUGUGGACGCGCACCAGUGGACGGCCAGCCCUUUCCAUUUCCCCAAGGGCAUUCAGGAUGUCGGUGUGCCAAUGAUGCUCUUCUUGCAGUCCUUCGAGUCCACCAGUGUCUACAACACAAGCUUUCGCUUCGAGGGCGGCAGCGUCUGCGGUUCGGACUCCAGACGCUUCUUCCGCGAGAUCUUUGGCAAGAUGUAUGCCACUGGCUUCUUCAAGGCAAUCACUUUGGACGGAGUCGCAGACGUCUGGUUAUCCUCAGCCUUGCGCCUGAUGAGCGUCGGGGAACAGCAGAUGUAUGAUGAGGGCCUGGCGCAUGCUGCCUUUGAACUUGGCCUACCAAUCCGCAUCGACCGGGCCUUCCCGAGCGAUAUUCUGGCUUCCACACAGUACGGAGCACGUACGGUGCACCGGUGCACCACAGACCAGGAUCCAUGGACCGCGAUACAGGCAGGGUUGUAUCGGGACUUGGGCGGGAACGCGCUCUUGGUGCGAGCUAUGGGUGCCCGUCCGAUGGUCGAUGUUCUCUGGACGGUCUCGAAUCAAACCGACCCACGGUGGGGGACGAAGGGUGUGUGUAAGCCAAAUGUGCUACAUGACAUCAUCUCUGCAGUGCUUAGCACCGGGCCGGUUGGCUUUGGCGAUCGCCUUAACCGGACCAACGUGUCGCUGCUGAGCCGCGCCACUCGCGCCGACGGCAUCAUCCUGAAGCCCGCUAGCGCCGCCCUGCGUCUGGACCGCUUCUACGACGCCCAUCGGGGCGGUGCCGAGAUCUGGGCAGCCCCGACCGAGCCCGGAACCUCAGACCCUCGCACGGACUCGGUGGCCAACUCCAUGGCCGCCUUGGAAAGCGCCAGUUCUCCCGAUGCUCUCCGCGGGUGGAUGAUCCUGGCCACGAACGUGGAUGGCGGCGUGAGUGGCGCUCCUGUGGCGACCUCUGAGCUUUGGCCACCUCCUGCGGAGGAUGCGCAGUUCCUGGUGGCCCAGCUCGAGCAUCGGAGCCCAUCCCAACUGCGGCCCCCAUGCUCGAAUGGAAGCUUGGUGGCUGACUGCCUCUUCCGCUGGUCCUUCAAGAGCCCUCUUCCGGUGGCCACGGGCGAUACCAGCUUUCUUCCUGGCUGCGUGAGCCACAACUUCACGCUGCUCUCGGCCGCGCCGGUGUUGGCCAACGGCUGGGCCCUGCUAGGUGACCUUCGGCAGUUCGUCCCCGUGUCCCCGCAGCGCUUCGCCCGCGAGGUGGCCGUGGCUGGGGAAGACCCGGGAGACUUGAGCUUCCGGGUUCUCGGGGUUCCUGGAGAAGUUGUUCCAGUCUCCGUGGCAACGCCUGCGCAGAGCAUCUUGGUUCUGGAUGUCCAUGUGGGCCAAGACGGCACAGCUUCCGUCAGAUGCAGGAAUCUGCGAUGUGUGCAGGGCGACCUUCGACCGAGCUUCUUUGAGUUGACGUUGCAGGGCACCCUCUACACCUGA